GCAAACGGUUAGCGAGACCAGCCCCGCCGGGAGGUUCAGCAGCUUCUGGGCCAGUGCCAUAAUGUCCUCCCCUCGGCCUUCCUGUUUACCCACCACUUGAAAUGGACAGGACCGCUUCCAGGAACUGUCUUGCCUUCGAAUGAGGCCAUCCCCCAACCAGUCUCCUCUCCCUCCCGCUCCGCAGGAGGACUAGAACCGGGCAGAACACUGUCCUCUCUUCCCGGCAUCGUGCGAACAACCAAACAGCAACUCAACUCAGAGCAGAUGCCAGCAUCCGCUUCUUAGCUCCGAAAGAAGAUAUACCGAUCCAGUUAGCCUACCAACUCUCAGCUUCUCAGAAUGAGACUCCUCGACACUGUUUGCCUGCUUAUUUACUGCCUCUUUAUUACAACGAUCGCGAUCUCCCUCUCGGAGGCAAGGACGUUUUUGUCUCAGAAUCAUGCCUCACAGUUUUUGGUCAGAAAACGUCGUGCAAAUUCCUUUAUGGAAGAAAGCAAGAAGGGGAAUAUGGAGAGGGAGUGUAUUGAAGAAUACUGCAAUAGAGAAGAAGCCAGGGAAAUCUUUGAAAAUAACCCCGAAACGGAUUAUUUCUAUCCCAGGUAUUUAGACUGUCUGGCUUCAUUCAGAACUGGAAUUUUCAGAAUGCCAUCACUGACUCCAGAUUCUCCAACUGAUCUGCGGUCCUGUGUAACAGUAAUACCAGACCAGUGUAAUCCUUUGCCAUGCAAUAUGGAGGGUUAUGAAGAAUGCAGAGAUGGACAAGCCACAUUCACAUGUAUUUGUAAACCAGGAUGGCAAGGAGGGAAAUGUGAAGAAGAUAUAAAUGAAUGUGAUGACCCUAUAAAGAAAAAUGGAGGAUGUGAUCAAAUUUGUGUUAAUUUUCUUGGAAGCUACCGCUGUUACUGUGAAGAUGGUUAUUAUAUAGAGCCAAAUAAAAUGGGCUGCAGUGACAGGAAUGAAUGCACAUUGUAUCAAAACAUUUGUGGGACAGCACAGUGCAAAAAUACACCUGGGAAGUAUAUAUGUGAAUGUGAAACUGGUUUCAUCUACAAUUCAACUACAAAGAAAUGUGAAGAUAUUGAUGAAUGUGCUGAAAACACUUGUUCCCAAAUCUGUGUCAAUUCUCCAGGAAGCUUCACAUGUUAUUGUGAUGGCAAGAAAGGUUUCAAGCUUUCCAAGGAUAUGACAACUUGUGAGACUAUACCAGAUUGUCUCCCUUUGAAUCUUGAAAGAAAUUAUGAAUUGCUUUAUCUGGCAGAACAAUUCAUUGGAAUCCCUGUUUUGUAUUUGAGGUUUAGAUUGCCAGAAAUUACAAGAUUUUCUGCAGAAUUUGACUUCCGGACUUAUGAUAAGGAGGGUGUGAUACUGUAUGCUGAAACCAUAAACAGUACAUCCUGGUUUCUACUUGCGUUACGUGAAGGAAAGAUUGAAAUUCAGUUUAAAAAUGAGCUUGGGACAAAAGUAACAAGUGGUGGUAAAACUAUUAAUGAUGGCUUGUGGCAUAUGAUCUCUGUGGAAGAACUAGAGCAUAGCAUCAGUGUGAAAAUAGCGAAAGAAGCAGUGAUGAACAUCAAUAGCCCAAGACCUCUUUUCAGGCUUUCCAAUGGCUUUUUGGACACAAAAGUGUACAUUGCAGGACUCCCUCGCAGAAUGGACAACAAUAUAAUUAAAACGAUUAACCCCCGUUUGGAUGGGUGUAUUCGUGGUUGGAACUUGUUAAAUCAAGGAACCUCUGGCGUAAAAGACUUCAUUCAAGAAAAGCAAAGCAAACAUUGUUUAAUAAAUGUUGGAAAGGGAUCUUACUACCCUGGCACUGGCAUGGCAAAGUUUCACAUUAGCUACAAUAACAUUUCAAGCAACACAGACGAUUGGUUAAUAAAUGUGGCAAUGGCUAUCCGUCCAUCCACAGGCACUGGAGUAAUAUUUGCCUUAGUUUCAGGUGAAACAGUUCCUCUUGCUUUGUCUAUUGUGGAUUCCAACUUAACAAAUGUACAGGAAAUCAUUGUAUCUAUUCAGAAUGUCAUUGUUGCUCACCUAGAGUCAAGAAGUUUGUGUACCUCAAAAAGAGUACAAGUUAGACUCAAGAUAAGUAGACAACAGCUUGAACUUACAGCUGAUUCACAUUCAGCUAUCACCUAUUCAGGACAUCAUCUCUCAGUCCUUGAAGAAGCAAUUAAUGAAUCCGUUGACACCUACCUAGGGGGUAUUCCUGAUGUUCCAGUUGAGGCAACUCCAGUCACAGUUUUUUACAAUGGCUGCAUGGAGGUGAAAAUUAAUGAUAGGGAGUUGGAUUUGGAUGAAGCCAUUUCCAAACAGAAUGACAUUAGAUCCCAUUCUUGCCCACUACUGUUGCAUCCGAGACCUGAAGUCAUGGAUUACCCUUCUGAUUUUUAAAAUCUACAGGAAACCUCUGGUUGUUCUGCACAAAAUGGAUUGAACUGUAAAUGCUGUUUUAUUUCCAAUAAUCUGUUUUCUGAACAUAUACAUUUCAAAAAUAUGUCCAACGUGAAUGGACAGAACCAAGGUUAACCUCCCAUCAGGGUAGCAUCGCUGAUGUCAUUUCAAAAUUUUUAGUUUUUUAGUUAUCAUAUUUUGUAUUCUAUGUGUGUUUUGGAAGAAUAAAAGCUGAA